AUGAAGUUCCUUCCUUUACCAGAGUUGGAGGAUGUUACGGGCUCUUUGAACUUCGACACCGCCGAUUGCCAUAUCGUGGGAGCCUGCGAUCUGUACACGACCAAGGCUGCCCGAUCCGACCGCAAGUUGUACAACCACAUCGAACAGUCGCUCGAAGCGCAAUAUGAGUCAAUCCUGCGGUUGUCUGCCUCUUUGUCCCCUCCCAAUGCUCACGAUGCUGCUGAAGCCUUGAAUCUUUCCCGAUCCAGUCCGUUUGGGCCCCUGAGUGAGCAUUCGAGUCGUCGUACGUUCGCCUACUUAAUUGCAACACUGAACGCCAGUCAUCCCGACUAUGAUUUCUCAAAUGUUCUCCGACCUACCGAUUUCCGUCGUGAGAGAUACCUCAAGCGAGUCAUGAAUACAGUCAACUCUACGUUGUACAAUCUUCGACCUCGCGAAUCAAUCGAUCUAUCUCCCUCCUCCCCGGCAACCCUGUCCGGGUCAUACAAUACAGGAACUGGAUCCUGGGGCCCCAGAAUGUGGCGCACCAUGGAUGAGCACAUGUCCUUGAAGGAAUGUUCGGUCUACUCGUAUUCUCCUGAGGAGGAUCCCUCGGACGCGGAUGAUGGAGCGAUCUGGAGCUUGCACUAUUUCUUCUUCAACCCAUUGCGCAAGCGGGUCUGUUAUCUCUAUCUUCGAGCUAUCCCCAUCCUCAGCCAUACUCCUCCGGACGAGGGCGUUGCUACCCCAACUGGAAAGCGCACCUUCGACGAUGGCUACCUCACCCCGGAUCUGAGUUCCAGCAAGCGCACCCGCUACUGGCUUGGCAGUCGGGCGGAGUCGUCUCUUCGUCAUGCUGAUAGUGAUGAUGAGCUUGACCCAGGUCAACCCUCUCGGAUUCUGGAUGAUGAGGAUCAGUUUAUGCUGAGCGAUGAGGAGAUGCGCUCGCGCUCUGGUAGUAAGGGCAUGGUCCGUGCCAUGAGUGAGGAGAUGAUGGAUACUAUGGAGGUCUAA